CUCUAAGGCCUCCACAUGCUCGCAGUCUUUAUUCUUCUUUGUUGCAGGUAAAGAAUUCCUUCUCUCAGCAUUUUACUGAAGGGGAGCCAUUAUGGGGGACAGUGACGACGAACACGACAGGAGACGGGCUCGAGAUAAAUUUCGUAGAGAAAGAAGUGAUUAUAACGAUCGAAGACGCGACCGUGAAGAGAGAUCUUCACGUCGAGAUGAGUGGUCCGACAGACGCCGUGAACCAUCUUGGGAAAGUAGACGGCGAGGAGAGUAUAGAGAAUUUGAUCGAGGAAGAAGAGAUAGCUCUGGGAGACACCAAGAAAUGAGUCCUCCCAUAAAAAGAGUUAGAAGAGAUUGGUAAUUUAAUAAAAACAUGUCUUUGAUCCUUAAAAUUACCAAUAUCACUUAGAAAAAGACCACACCGAUACCGUCUUUGUCGCCAUCUUUGUUAUUCAUUUGAAAUCGCAAUGUUUUUGAGGAGCUCCAACGUUAAAUGAUGUCAUUUAAGCGUUGAAGCUUCAGAAAUUAAAUAAAUUCAAAUGCCAGUUGAAGGAUCCGACUGACAAACUUCGUGUGAAUUAUCUCCACCAAGCUCAUCUCGGUGGACUUGCAUAUCAUUUCUUUUCCAGAUAGUUGUGAGCAAAUUUUAAUGUGUGUGAGUACGAGAAAAGCUAAAAAAAACGAAUGAACAUGGUUGCCACAGGUCGGGGAAAAGUUUCUCCAUGGUCAGGGAAUUUCACUUUGAGUCAGAGAAAAGUUACAUAUUUGAAAUAAGUCAGGGAAAUGAGAAAUUUUAAGUAAAUAUGAAGUUGUUUAUCUAAUCUUGUCAAAGCCCUCUGAAAUAUUUAAACAGUUUCCUCUUUGUGAUGUUAAAGUUACUCAUGUUCAUUGUACAGUACAGGUUACAGAUUCUGACCAGCAAAUGCUGUACCAUUGUUCUCCACUUCAAGUUGGUUUGUGAAUGAUAACACAAAUUUUCUUUUCCUUCCAUGGGAUGUUUUUAUUUUUUCUAACACUGCAUCUUUGGUACAGUUUACAGACACAAAUAGCAUUGAAUUGGGGAAUAUUGUGUAGUAACAUUGAACACUGAACCGAUGUUAAGUUUUGAGGAAAAUCAAUUCUUUUUCCAAGAGAACUUCAGCAGUUAUCAAUUUAUGUACACAGUGACUUGCUGAAAGGAUAAAUUUACAUGUGGGAAGGAUGGCUGUCAGGGGAGGUGGAGGUAGUCAUAGAGACUCAAUUGUGAAGUUGUGUAUUUGGUUGGUUAGGGAAAAGCCAGGGAAUUUAAGGAACCCAUGACUGUGGCAACCAUGUUGGUGUGAAAAGCAAAACUGGGAAAUUUCUAGGGAAGGCAUAUCCCUCAAGUCCAUGGUGUGAAAUCAUGAGGCUAAUGAGUAAAUUUUGUAGUUGAUAACAUUAUUUUGAUUAUUGUAAAGUCAUUCAAAGCUGGACAUUGAUGUGAACAUUUUAUAUCUCCCUACCCAUUAAGAUGGUGUUAAAAGCUGUGAUAAGGUCUAUUGUCAAAUAACUUGAAGGCUUAAGGCUUGAAAUAAUUCCAUGACUCGCAACUUUAACUUUUAAUUGAACUGGUUACUGUGGUGUCAAUUUACCCUAUUUCUCUACAUUUCCUGUCCAAACAAAGUCAUCCAUUUAGUGUAUUAAAUAAUGUGAUCGUGGUAGAAACGUCAAAUCCUUAAAAUUUAGAUGUACAAGGUUUCUCGUGUGUUCAUUGUAUAAAAUUUGAAAUGAUUCACUUUCGAAACUCUAAAAUUAACAAUGUUGUGUAAGUAUAAAAUAUUUGUCUUCAGAAACAGAUGAAAGGAAACAUUUUCAGUCCUUUAGAAAUGCUCAUUUAUCACAGUGCUGAUAAAUUCAUUUGUGUUGCUUUCAGGGAUGAGCCGUAUCAUGGGGCAGGAGACUACAAUGUACCUUACAGUGGUGUUCCAACCCAUAACACAUGGUCACACCCAGAUGUUCAACAGCUACAAGCAUCACAGCAGCAGGAUGCUAGACAACAAAGGUGCAAACUAAAAUCAUCUAAGACACAAUAUACUAAUUAUCUCUCGUUAGCUUGAGGGCCCCACUGCUACAUCAUCAAUCACAUUUUCCUUUCAUGUUUUUCUUGAAAACCUGAAUUGAAACAGAAUUGUUUUUGAAACAAAUGCCACAUUUGUUUUCAAUGCAAAGAUGAAGUGUAUUUGGUGGUGGUGUGUGGCAAGUGAGCUUUGGUAUUUAUCUAUCAUUCCUAGUGCAGUCUGAAGCAAGGAGGCAACUGACAAAACAUUAAAAAAAAUAAUUUGUUAAAUUUAUGUUGAGAAUGAUCCUUUUGAACCUUUGACCACCAAAAUUCUUGAAAAGACUCUGGUGUCACUGAGUUGGGUGACUCCAAUAAACUUUUAUUGAGUUCAAGUCUUGCCUGACAAAAGCAAAAGCCUCUUGCCUGAUUGAGAAGGUUGAGUCAAGUUAUUUCAAGCGGUUAAGGCUCUAACAGGCAUCAGGCUAUUGUUCAAGUGAAAAUCAACAGACUUCACCUAUUUCUAAGAGGCUUAUAAGGUUCUGAAUGAUUACAGGUGUGAUCUUUUUUAAAUUGCAUAUUAGGGUAGAAGUUGAACAACAGCCACACCCUCAAGCAAGUCCUGGCCCAGCCAUGAUGACUUUUAAACAGUUCCUUAAUGCUCAAGAUGACAAUAUUGGUGAUGAAGAAGCUUUUAGAAAAUAUCAAGAAUAUAAAAUGGAGUUCAGAAAAACUCAAAUUAACGAUUUCUUUUUGCAACACAAAGAGGAAGAAUGGUAUGUAGUAAAAAUGAAAUCCCUGACUGAGUGUGAGUAGUGUACACCUUUUGUCUUGGCUUCUGAUGAUACAAUUAUUUGAAUGUAUGUGGUGGUUUUUAUAUGAAUGUUACUACAUUUUUUUUUUAUAAAUUUUAUUCAAUGUAUCAAAUUUAUUUAUUUGUUUUCAUUAUCUCUAACCAUAACAACCCUUUCCUUUCACAGCAAGCUGUAUUCUUGUUCAGUGAGACAUGCAUGUGAAACAAAGCCAUAUUGGGAUCUUAGUGCUUCAUGUCCUAAUCAACUUCGGUCUUUAUUGCAUGAGGCUUAAAGCCUAGAAAAGCUGCACACUGCAGUUAAUGAAUUAAGAUUCAUAGCAGCUUUCAGUGAUCAAGAAGCCACGUUUAAACCCCCUUCGAUCAUUUGACGAGGUUCAAUUAUGUAUAAUCUGACCUCAUUCGUUUUUGUAAAGUUGCUAUAAAAAAUAGCAAUGUCGGCUUAUUGGAAGUCAAAAGUCAAAAUGUCACUGACAUUGGAUUCAAGGGAGGACAGGAAAGGCUGAGUAAGUGUAAGGGGGCACACACACCUUUUGUAUUUUACCCAAAUUUCUUCAAUAUCUCUAUCCUCCUUAAUAUAACUUUUGUUUUACUACUGAUUUAAGGUUUAGGAUGAAAUACCAUCCUAAAGAAAUGGCCCUUAAGCAAAAGGAAUAUAAAAAAUCAAUGCAGCGUCGCCUCUCUGUAUUUCUGAACUUACUUAAAAGUGGAAGGGCCGAUGAUAUAUCACUGGAUAUUGAUAACUCUGAAGCCAUCAUUAAACUUCUUGAUGCAGGUAAAGUCCUACAUUAUGUCUUAGGAAAAUGUCACGGACAGUAAUCCAAUAAAUAUGAACAAAUACCAAAUGAACAUUCUUUCACACAGAUACUACUAGUAUAUUUAAAACAUGUGUGGUGAACCUGAUAACGAGUUAAAAUAUAAUUCAAUUUACCAGUUGUCUUCAGCCAUUAUACUUAUGAAUAAUUUGACAGUUUUGUUGACUAAACAAUAAGUUACGUUUUGUUUUUGUUAACUUGUAAAUUUUAGUUCUGAAAUUGUAUUUGCAUUCAAUGCUUCUCAUUUUGAAUCCUUUACUCAGUUACUGUAGUAUUUAGUCUUGAGAUGGCACAACAAACCCCUAGAAAUGAUGUCUUGUGAAAAGAAAACUCACUGUUUCCCUUAAGAGCACAUGUUGAAUGUGUAAUAAUUUUUGCAGUUUCUUGCAUUUAAGAUUUUUAAAGAAUUAUCUCAUAUCUAAAAGGACUGUUGACUGAAUAUGUUACAAUCUUUGAAGCUAAUUAUUGAUUUCUUUUUCCUAGAAAGGUAUUUUUUACCUGUUAAAACAAUGCAUUGAUACUUAUUCUUGUUGUUCAAAGUGGUUAUCAAGUUAGAAGGAGGCUUGGAUAGUGAUCUGGUUGUGUUGGACUGUCCACCCACCCCUCCCCCUGAAAGAAGACGAUCAUCAUCAAAUCCUCUUAUGUCUCCACAAACUGAUGAUAUGGCAACUGAUGAUAAAAAAGAAGAAACCCUUAAAAAUAUGAAAGAAAUCAAAAAAGGUAUCUUCUAUGUUUAUUAUUUUUCAGUUCUGAAAAUUUUACUUAAACAGGGCAAAGUAUACCUGGAAAUCUGUAACAGAAUAUCAGAUGAAGCCCAGGCAGGUGCCAAGUCCUAUUGAAAACACUGCAGGCCAAAUUUUUAUUUUGUGUUCUUGGGAAAAAGACUACACACCUACAGUGCCUUUCUGUGUGACAUUAUAGCUUAGUGGGUAUUAGCAUACUGUUAAGGACACCUGAAGAAGUGGACUGGUACCUGGAAUUGAGUAGCAUCCUAUGCAUGAAGGGUGCUCCUAGUUACCUUACUUUUUUGGUUAUAAGGCGGAGCAUUUUUUCAAAGAAAUUUUGCCUUAUCACCUUUGAAUUGUCUCAGAUUCGGGGUGCGUCUUAUAGCCAAGUAUUUUCAUGCAACAAAAUUCAAGAAUGUCCUGUUUUGUAAUUUUAACCUGGUAUAAAACAAGAGAAAUAGAUAGAAGGCUGGGAAUAUUGAUUAUUGACUUUACUCGACUUGGUGGUUCUGAAAAGAACCAUUCUAUUGAUACUGCUGCAGGUACGUUUGCGAACCAUUGACUCUGAUAUUUUGUACUGGCGUGCAAUUCCUGAUUGUUUUUCACUGCCUCUGCUUUUGCUACUAUUUUAAACUUAAAGUUCCAAUUGUAAGAAUGAUGUCGCAUACUAGGCAUGAUUUUUAUUUUGAACUCAGCAAUGCUUGCUGAAUCGCCAUGAAUGAAGUUUUACAACUAGGAGUUCAACCAGCUGAGACAUGCUUAUUAUGCUUAAACUGGAUCAAUUAGUAUUCAUAGCUUUAGAAAGUAACACUGUUUCCUAAGAAGGCAGACUGUAUUCACGGUAUCUAUAUCUCUUUUACAGGUGGGAUUUUUUUUUGCUUUGUUCAUGCAAAUGUGUGACUUUUUUGCCUUUUGUUAAAAAAAGGUGACCUGACUGUAAUUAGGAACUUUGAAAACACUAUUGUUUUGAAAGUGAAGAUAAUGAAAAAGCCCAAAGUUUUGCUGCAUCCUAUAACCGGGUAUUUGGGCGAAAUUUUUAGUUUAACAAUUUGAAAGAAAUGAGUUAAAAAAUCAGGGUGUGUCUUAUAACUGAGUGCGCCUUAUAACUGAGAAAAUAUGGUACUUCAUCCUUUGGAAAUCAAGUUCCAAUCAUAUAUAUAAUCAAUAUCCUCCUCUUAAUUGGCAAUAUCCUCCCUCCCUGGGCAACCCACAGGCAUUUGAUCAUCAUCUGUGCCCAAGGAAUGGGAAAUUUGAGCCAUGCCUGGCUGGGUUGAGGGAUUUGAACCUUAAGUAUAAAGUCUUUCCAACACAAUUCAAGUGUUGUUUCUUUACAUAUAGAGGUGAUUAAGGUGAACAGUUCACUCUCACAAACUAAUGACUCAGAAGAAAAGGUCUACAAGGUUAAGUCUUCAAAGCGUGGUAAAUGUGCAGAAAGUAAAGGUUGCUGAUUUGUCUCUUCCAAAAAAAUUUAGGUGGGGCAUUUGAGCACAAUUUUUGUCCUAGGGGGCAAUGAUUUAAACAAACCAAUCCUCAAAAGUUCAAAGGCCCAGGGCUUUCAGAGGAAGGGGGUGGUUAAAUGACCCAAUGUCCAAAUUUGGACAAUGGGUCAUUUAGUAAUUUAAAACAAUAAGUAAAGUAGAUUGUCAUGGUAAACAUGUUCACAACAGCAACAAGAAUUGCUUUAAAGAAAUAUGAAAACAAUGCCCUACAAUUUUAAUUCUGGAAACAAAACAAUAUCUCUUUUUGAAAAAGCUUCUUGGCAGAAAUAUCUCACAGUCAAUAGGGCAAGGUUUCCAUUUGAAAUUAGGCUGUUUCAACUUCAGUCAUGGUUAUUAGUUGUUAAGUAAAGUUUGAGUAGAGUUGUGGUGCCAAUACUUCAUGGUGUCUUCCUCAAGAAUAGUGACCCUGGAGUUUUCUUACAUUUAGUUUAUUUAUUAGAAAUAUAUAAGCAUCAAUGUUUUCACCUGGUGUUACAAAUCAUCAUUACAAAGCCGUGGACUGGACUGUAAAUCAAUUCUGCAAAUAAUUUUCUCUUUUUUUGCCAUCAGAUCCAGAAACUGGCCCUGUCUCACCAUCAUCUGUUCCUCUUCCAUCUGCCCCUCCACCAGCAUCAGCAAAAGCUGCUGCAACCAAAAAGGAGAAUGGGGAUGUGAAGGUUAUGUCCAUUAGUAAUCCCACUCUGGAGCAACAACAGCUUCAGCAUCAGGCUCAGCAGUACUACCAUCAGCAACAGCUCUAUUAUCAGCAACAGGUACACUGUACAGCUAAGUAUCUAUCAGGGGCAUUAAAGGAUACAUUUUGAACUCUGUCUAGAUGAUUUUUUAUAGGCAUUGGACACAAAAGAAAAAAGCAUGUACUGUUUAUUGCAUUGUUUCAAUAGAACAUGAUUGGAAGUGAUGGGCCAUGACCAUUUUGCUAUAAUUGAUAUUUGCUAGCUUCAAGAACUAAUAAUGUAGACACGUGACACGAGUUUCUUUUGAGUAAAGAAUGGAAGACAAUUCACUCAAUUUCUCUCAGGAAUCAAAUGUUUCCGUUGUCUCACUCCCUCUUGAGAUAAGUGAAUUCUAAAUCUUGUGUAUGUGCUAUUGUUUGGUGUUCAGGCCAAAGGAGAGAAAUCCUGACAUGCUGUGGUGUGUCUUUUAUUUACUCUCACUCGUUAUUCAUUACAAUGCAACUAUGAUACCCUAAUUGGUUGGCUUAAAACCAAAAAAACCACAUCAUUUUAUGGGAUACAAACAUUAGUUUAAUUAUAAGUUGAUGCUUUAGGCUCAUCAAAUAAGAUGUUUAAUUUUUUGGAGGACUUGCCAACUGAUUUGGCUUAGGAAGACAUUUUGUGAUGGAAAGGAACAAAUACUUCGAAAUGAUUAAUUUACAGGCCAUGUCAUAAGUUUGUUUAAGGCACUUACAGUCACUUGGUAGUUACUCCAAUUAUCAUCAUGGGGUUUUUAUUUAAAUUUUGUUUCUGUAUUUCCCCUUUGUUUUGGGUGUGGUACUGUUUUUAAUGGUUUUGAAACAAAAAGUGAUGAAAUUGGAUAAACUGAACCACAGGGAGUAGGCCAUCCUACUGAAAUAGUUACAUAUCUGGAAUCUUUUAGUAUUAUAGCAAUUAUGAUCCUCAACAACAGCAAGAACAAUAUUCAAAGCAAUAUCCACAGGGACAACAGCAAGAAUUGCCACAGACAUCCCAACCAGAUAAAGAUCCACCUGCACAACAGAAAGGCUCUAAAAAGGUGAAUUGAGUUUGGUAUACUGUCUGUGAACAUUGUGCAACUUAGCUGAACUCAAACGUGAUCUUAGAAUCUUACUAAAUAACCCCUUAAGAGAUUAUAUGAAGGAAAGGAGGAGGAAGAGUGAGAAGGCUAUAAAGAAAGGCACAAAUAACUGAAGUUUUUCAGCAAUCAUCAAAACAAAGAAUUGGAUGACAAAUCCUAGAAUUCAAAGGCUCCUUGCUGUCAAAAAUUUCCUUGCUAUGAUUGAUACAUGACAAUGAUGAUAGUGGUGAUGAUUACAAUGAAGGUUACAAUUACUGUAUUUGAUAAUGAUAAUUUGGUAAUACGUUGUUGCAGAAAAUAUGUGUACAACUGAAACAGAGGAAAUUUCACAUCAGACCUCCUGUGUUUACAACUCAGGAAUUUCCAUUUUUUUUACUCAGGAAAUGACAAUUUUCUGAGUUUGGCAGGACUUUGAAUGUCACUCCUUCAUUUACUCCUUCCACUAGUCCCUGUUAGAUUUUUAUUUUGUGUGUUUAUUUUUAUAACUUUAAGCUCUCACUGAUGAACCAGUUCAAUGGAACUUCAAAAGUGGGCAGCUGCACACAGCACUACACAUUUUAGAAAAUUAUUCAAAUGUACAAUGUAGAAGCUGUGAUCCAAAUCUUUCUUUGUCUUCUUAUGUCAUGUUUUGACUCGCAGUCAGUCAAUGAUAGUUUCACUCUACCUUGAUUAUUGUACCCAUAUAGGGGUUUUUUCCUGCUUACAUCUUAUAACAAACCUCUAUCAGUUUUCUGCCUUGGAAUGAUAUAACUCAGAAAGCAUUUUUUAUGAACACAAAUGUUGAAAUUGUUCCCACAGUUCUUCUUUCACAUCAGAUUGUAAACAACUGAAGCAAGUCACAGUGUUGAGUUUGUGUCUCAACUCCCCAUUUUGCUCUACAGUACCAGAAAGACCACAAAAUACUGUGUACAUUAACAAGACUGUACAUGUUAAUUAAGAGAAAAAGUAAUUUCCCAGCACUGCACCUAGGGACCAAUUGAUUCAAACAGACUUGGCUCAGUUACCCACCUCAUCACUCUUUCAUAAUAUAUUUUCUGAGUUGCGUGGCUGACCAACACUUUCAUUGGGUAUCUUUGAAUUUACCUCUUCACCCCACACAGGCACAGUUAUUAGUAGCAUUCUUUGUUAAAGUGAAGACUUAAAACACCAGGCCAACUGUUGUGUAUGGUACAACCCCUAACUAUUUCUUACCACUUGAUUAGAGCAUGCAUAUCUUAGGAAGAUACAUGAGGAGAACAGUCAUAGUCAUCAUUAUAAUUGUUACAUGUCAAAUUAAAUUUAUGAAUUUUGGCACAAGCUUGCUUAUAAUGUGAAUUUGAUGAAAGACACUGAAAGGAUAUAACAUUAGGUAGCUAAAAAUAACACAGAUGUAGAAAGGAAUUGACAAGAUCAAGAAGAUUCGGCGUUCUGAAAUUGUAACGUUAUUUUUCCUUAAUUUGAAACAAGUAAGGAAUCAAAUUUAUUACAACUGGAUCUAUUGCAAAACCAAUUUGGAAACAAACUUAGCACUUAUUCCUUAUUGUUGGACCAAAAGUGACUUGAUGUAUGACAGUAGUGAGUAAUAGCAGCCAUAUUCAUGCAAUUUUAUGAAUAUAGGUGAACAAAAGUAGAGUACAGUGGUUCCUAACUUGGAAAAUAUGGCUCUUUGUUCAUUACACAAAGUUUAGCCAUGUAUCCACCUAUACUCAAGUAGAUCUGCCAAAUGAUUUAUAACAAAUAGAAAUAAGGUUGUCAACUUCCACUGUUUGCAUGUGCCUACACAUCAAGUGAGUACUGUGCAAAGUCUGUUGUUUUCCUCUUCUUUAAGAGGUGUAUUGUGAAUGGCUGGAUUGAUGAUGCUGGAUGGACUUAGUCUGAAUAUAUUUUUAACAAUUAAUUCCAUAUGACAUUAUUUCGUCUACAAAAUAGUAAAACAUCUUCAUCUCAUUAAGUUGAUGGUCAUUAUGAAGAACUUUUACAUUCCAGCAGGUGUUCAACUUUUUUGUUCACUCUGCUGACUAUUAGCUGAUAUUUCUUAUCUCAAGAUAGCAUAGGAAAUGUGUCGAUUCUUUCCACAACAGCUUUGUUAAAUUGACAAGUAAGGGAAAUGUUUGAAUUUUUGCCCAUAGGAAGAUGAGCCAAAAAAGAAACGGAAGAGACGCCAUCGUGAACCUUAUUAUUAUGAUGCCAUGGAUGAUGAUGAGAGCGAAAGUGAGUCUGAAUCUGACUCUGAGCCUGAGCCAGCUCCCCCUGGGGAAGAAAUGUCACCAAUGGAUACUGGAAAAGAGGAUGAAUUGUUGCCUCCAGGGGUAGAUGCUGGGCCAGAAAGUGUACAAGAAAACUUGCAGCAACCUGGUGAGUUGUACCAGGACAUAGAAUCAAACACAUUCAAUUUAAAGUCAUCUUAAUCAAAAGGCUAUGUUUAAGUUGAAAUCAAAUAUGCACAUACCACAGUGAAAACCAGAAUCAUUCUGAACAUUGCACAUAGUAUUUGGCAUCUGAUGUAGCCAUAUAACUGGAAUUUCAUGUGCUGCAUCUAGUCUAACAUACAUUUAGUUAAGGAUGAGAUAUAGAGGAUAUUACUUGGCCAUGUAGAGAUAUGAAAUUUCUCUCUGUGUUGAGGAAUAAUUCAUGAGUCAGUGAGUGAAGGGCUUAUGUGAAAUAUCUUUUUUUGGGAAGCAAAAGAGUGAAAUAUUUUUCCACAUGAAAAGAGAAAUUUUGUAUCUCCAAGCUGUGAUGUGAUAUUGUAUUUAUUAUAUAAACAACAAUUAAAUACUAAAUCAUUUCAAAAGGUGCAAUUAUUUGUAACCAUAGUGACGGUGAUCUUUUCACAUGCGAAUAGAAUAUGUCAUAAUUUUUUCUCAUGAAAGCUCACUUGGUAUUUUAUUGGUGUUUUAUAUCAUAAAAACUGUUAAUUGGUUGUCACUUGCAUUCUAGUGGUAGAUGACCCUAGCAAGGCAAGCCAGGUUGAAAACAUUGUUCAACUUCCUACCAGCUCAUCAAAUGCUAAACUGCAGACAUCGACUGAUGAUAAACCAGGUGAAUUAAUUUGAAUCAAACCAAACAAAUGAAUAUUUGAUAAACUCUCAGUUGGGGCUACAUCUUGACACUUCUCCUCCCAUUCAAUUCUGUGAGAACAAUUUUAAUAUAUAUUAAUGUCUGUUUUCUUCUGCAUUUUUCAUUUUUCCCGUAUUUGUUUAACAGUGUGUACAAGACCAGGGUUUUCCUUUUCAAUUGAAGUUAGUUGGCAGUGACAAAAGUUACACAGGUUGAGACAAAUUGGCCACAGCAGCCAUUUGUAGUGCCUAUGUUGCAACUUUCUAUGGGCUAAAUGGGGGUCAUCAUCAUCAUCAGCAUCUUCUUUGUGCCCAGUGAUACUUAAUAGUCAUCAUGGCCAUGGCACACAAAAAAAUUCCCACCUGCUUUGCUGGGCAUAUUUGCUAUUUUCAACUUCUGCCUUCAACAACACAAGUCAAUGAACACUUGGCAAACUUUUAAGGAGAAAGAAGCUUUAUUCGCUUUUCUUUUUCAUGAGUGUCAUUUGGCUGUGUACUUUGAAUUUAUUUGUUACAUAAAAUGUUCUUGAUAGCAAAGAUUAUUUGCUAAUUGAUAAUUGUUGGCAACAGUGUGGUUCAUGGGCAGCAAAUAUUGUUGGUCAGUGGCUGAAAAGGAGAACCCUGUGAGAAGCUUUUGCCCAAUGGUUUGUGUACUGCACUCUGGGUAGAGAGGCCUGGAUUCAAUACCUGCCUGGGUCAAUGUGUUGUGUCCUUGGACAAAACACUGUACUCUCACAGUGCCUCUCUCCAUUUGGAAAUAUAAAUGGCUACCUGCAAGUUUUCACAGAAGCCUGAUAACUUGCUGUGGGGGUGACCCUUCAAUGGUCUCUUUAUGUCAAGGAAACCUGGAAGAUUUUGAACUGGAUGGGCCACUCGGCUCAAGUGCUGUCUUGUGUUUGACAGUUUAAUUCCAAGUACAGUAGCUGUAUUUGUAGUGAGUGAGUUCUAAGAUGAAAGAUCUUGUGUUGUGUGAGUUAGAUUGAUUUCUCCUUUCAUUAAAAGUAAGUUACUUGCUGAGAAAUAGUAUUGAUAAUGCAUGCUGUCUCAAAGAGGCAAUACAAUUUUUUUGGGCAUGAAAUUGAUUGUUCAUGAAUUUCAAUGUCUUUUGAAGAUUCAUGUGAGCCUUCUGUGGGUUCCAGUCAGCCAGAGACAAGCACCAGUAGUAAUGGUGCUAUAACUGAGGGUGGGUCAUCCCAUGCUAUAGUUGAAACCAGUGGAGAAACAGAACUGUCAGGUGAUUAAAAAUUGUUCUGUGUAGAGGAAAGCAAUUCUAUUUUCCAUAGCACAUAAACAAGAAUAUAAACAAGACUUAGCAGGAAAAUGAAAUAGUUGAUAAUAGCACAAGCAACAGUUAAUAUCUUUUAGCUCCAUUUUUUUCUGAAUGCAGAUCAGUACUAUGGUUAUAGUAGUUUUUAUGAAAGAAUGAAUGCCUGUUUCAAAGAAUAAAAGUUAGCACAGUGUCAUAUAAAUGUGCAAUGUAAAAAUAUUGCAGAAAUGGUAAAGGUUUGUUUUCAUUUCGAUUAAAUUGCGAUCAUGUUAAUGCCAAUUACAUGAUAUCUCACUGCUUUGAAAAAUUAUCCUUAAUAGAUGGUACACCUGCAGAUUCAACUCAAGGACUACAAGGAAAAGAAAGAAACCAGGAAUAUGAGGUUGAAACAAGCAGCGCAGAGCAGGCAGAGAGUAGCUCAUCUGUUCCAGAAAAGGAUGCAUACCAAGUUGGUAGCACUGAUAAUGGCACCAGUACAAUGCAAAAAGAAGACAACAGUGAAAUUUUCCCAGAAUCAAGCAGUAGUGAGGCCCAGGGUAAAGUAGUGUCCAUGGAGGCAGAGCCAUCAAGUGCAUCUUCCUUGCCAUCUGAACUGACCAAACCUGCAAGUGAACAGGUGAACAUUGAUUUGUAUGCAAAUGUUGUGCUUCAAGAACAACAUUAACUACACUGUGUCUCAUGCUCAAGGGCUAAGAUUAACCUUUUUUCGCAAAAGGAGUGUACUGAAAACCAAUCAAAGGUUUAGUCACCUUAACAUGUGGUCAGAGUGGUUAAUUUUAGGCUCUACCUCCAAUUACAGUUUUGUUAACCAGCCACAAGGGGGUCCCACAUGGUGCUGAAUCAAAUGUAGCACCGGAUAAACAAAGCACCACAGAAAUUAGCAUCAUUAACACAUCUGUUUACAUGAUAAUCAAAGUUGAGUUUACUGCUAGUAAUGAAUUCCAAGGUUCUGGUUGCCAACUCUGGAUUUGUGGCUUCAUCUGUGUUCUGAUUGUUUUGAUUUCAGACUCUGAUACAUCGGUGAUAUGCUUAGAUUGUGCUCUCUGUUAACUCUGCCUCCAAAAGACAUCAUUAGAGACAGACUCUGUGGUGUUCGCUUUAUAGAAAUUGAAAGCAAACUGGCACAAAUGAACAAAACAUGCUAUUUAUGGUAAAGAAGAUAGCAGUCUAUUUAUUCAAUGAAAAAACUUUUUAGGUUCUCCAAAAAGCUGAAGCCAUGGAAGGAGGGGAAACUAAAGAGGAUUCCAACAAAGUUUCAGAAAAAAAGGAAAUUGUUGAAGAAACAAGUCCUGUCAAGGACAUCCCAAAAGAAAAUAAAGAAAAAAUGAUAGAAGAAAAAGAAAAAGAUACAACAGAAGAGGGAGAGGAAAAGGAUGAGGCAAAUGGUUCUGAUGGGAAGCAAGUCUGUGUGACAGCAGAACCCCGUGCAUUGCAUAAAACAUUUUCACUGUUUAUGAGAAGUGUACCACCAAACAUUUCUAAAGCUGACAUUUCUGCAGUAAGUUUGCUUUGAUUUGGUUUGUUUGGCUUUUUUGUGAAGGAAAGCUUAUAACAUGACAAAAUAACAUUAUUAUAUACAUUGUUAUAUAUCUAUGAAUCUCAACUUCAACACUCACAUAAAAGGUUAUUGUGUUUUUAGAUUUGUAAAAGAUUCGCUGGAUUUCUUCGGGUUGCCCUGUCAGACCCCAGUCCUGAAAGAAAGUGAGUACAUGUCCUUGGAAAUCAAGCUGAGUAGUUCAUGUUACGUCACUGAAACACUAAAAGAGUUAUGUUUUUCAUCCAAUUGUACUUCUAGCUGGUACCAUCUACAAGGUGUAAUUUAGAGACAAACAUUUUGCUAUCUCAAUGAUAUAAAUGAGUCGAUGUUUGUUUCACUUCACACCCUUCCUCCUCUGCCCUUUUUCCCUUCAAAUCAACAAAGAUGUUUUGAUGGAAAGAUCAAUAUCUUGGCCAAGCUAUAUUAAGUCUCGAAUAGUUCAGUGGUUGAGCUCCUAAACUGCAAGUUGGAAAGUCAAACGUUCAACUCGUGCGUGGGGCAUUGAGGUUUUCUUCCACUUAAACAGUGUUUUCUUUCUUGUGUUUCUUUCUUAUUAACAGCGGGCCUAUUUCUUCCAAAUUGGAACAUUCAAAUCCAUGUAGUUUGCAGUACGAUUGUCUCACGAACCUAGAACUGCAGAAAAAAACUGCCUCGGUAAAUACACCCAAAUCGUACCCGCACCCUGUCUCUCUUUCAAAGUGUUAUUUUUCCUCAGAAUGAAAAGGAAAGAGCAGCAUUGAAAAAGAAGGGGGAAGAAGAUUUUUUUAUUUUUUUUUUAUUUUUUUAAUGUCAGGUAGUAAUAUUUUGAAUAUUGGAUCUAUCAUGGGCCAAAUGGCCUAGCUACUAAAAGUCUCUUUGACUGUUGUUAGAGGUUCUCUUAACAUUACCUGGAUAUACCACAUAGAUAAGGAUGGGGGGAUUUAAGAGUGAUAGAAGGAAAACUUUAAUUAUAAGCUGUGUUUAUUCAUAGAAAUCCAAUGUAAUAACCUGACCUGUGUGUUUUCUUAUGAAGAUUUGUUAGACGAGGAUGGAUCACUUUUGACAGGAGUGUAAACAUAAAAGAAAUUUGUUGGGACUUGAAUAACAUAAGGGUAAGGACAACCCUCACUAUGUUAACGCUGUUACUCAACUAAUCGAUCUUGCACAUCUGUAAUAUAUCCUCUGAUUAGUCAUUCUUAAAGAAACCAAGUUCCGGCCAAUCUAUUACUUAAGACUUCGAAGUCGGCAACGAUGAAGGGUUGCAUUGCUUUGUUACAGUUUUGUUUUUCUCUAACAACAGUAGAAGAGGCAAAUGAUCCUCUUUAAGAUUUUAUACUUUUUUGUGCUUCUCCAUCAAGGCACAAGUAAAAAAAAAAAAAAAAGAACAUCCCUCAAACAAUUUUACUGAACGACUAUUAAUUUACGUCAUAAACUUAGGAAAAUAGCUGCUACAUUCCACUUAUUGUCACCUUUUGAUCUAAUCUUUGAACUCCCAAAGUUUUAUACAUGGAAGUGAAAGUGGCAGAGAAUUGCUUUUAUUCUGGGUAGAGUGCCUUUGGCUCUGUUAGGAUGACCCUCUGUUAAUCUUCUUCAUUAUCUGUAAUUGUUCAUGAAGAGUAAACUGUGAUUAUUGUACCCAGCUACAAAACGACAACAAUACAACAGAGAAUGUUUGUAAUUUACUCCUAUGGUCCUAUGGACAUACCGUUUACCAAGCCUUCCCGCGACAAGUGACAAACCAUACCAACACCUUUCUUUCCUGAAGGUAAAAGAUGUGGAGUUGAGUCCAGUUGUGAAUAGGGAUCUUUCCCGGCGAGUUCGACCGGUGGCCAGUGCUGCUUUGGCUAAACAAGCCAUUCGGCAUGACAUCAAGUUAGCGGCGAGGCUCAUCAGAGAGUUUGAUAAGAGAGCUGCUUUAUAUGAGAAGGAGACCAAGGAAGAGACUGAAGCGAGGGAAAAGGCCGAGAAAGAAGCAGCUGAGGUAAAAGCUAUCUACAGCCUUCUUGAUUUAUUAAAUCUUUUGGCAUUCUUGGAGAUUCUUUAUAUUUGCACAGUCGGCACCGAGCAUGGCGCAUCUUUUCCAUUGUCUUGGUUAAUAAAUUUGAUCCUGUGCAACACUGAAUUUUGCUUUGCAACACAUAGUCAGAACAUGUACUUGUAAUGCUGGCUGUGUUACGAAAAUGCAAGAACAUUUUAGCCAAAAACAAACAUUGCAACAGUUUACACAGACAUUGUGCGUGGUUAUACCCUUCUCCUUUUUUUAAUUAAUGAUACCCAUAAUUUUUGGCUUGUAAUACCGAAGAAGGGCCCUUAAGUAGGUGACCCAAAUUUCUAUUAGGCUGGUAUCGUAAGGCAUCCUAAAGCUAUUAUAAAAAAGAGUCAGAAUUUGUUUCAUUUUUGUAAAACUCGACGAAGAAACUGUUCUUUUUUUUCCUCUGAAAUGAGUCAUUGUUGCCUAACGUUGGGUGGUUUAUGUGACGAUACUCAUUCGCCAUAACCAAUAUCUUGGUGAUGUCGUCUCAACUGGUAAAACUGUAUUCCUGGUCAGGCACUACAUUGCUAUAGGAAGUAUUUCGGUGAAGUUUGACCGCUUUUCUAUUGCAGGCUCAGGGUAUGCCUCGGAAAUUUUUGUUCUGCUGUCUCUCUGUUGUUAUUUAGAGACGUUUUUAAUCGAUGGCUUAUCUGCUCUCUAACCCAAGGAGUGUACUAGUGUGGGUUACGAUAUUUCCAAUUUCGUUAGCCUGUUCUUAAAUCACCGAGUCCUAACUGCGAGUAAGCUUUCAUGUUCUUUUAACGGGAAACCGUGAGACUUGAAGGAAGAGAUCUCUAGGUCAUACAAAGUGUGAUUAUGUUUAAGAUGGUUUGCCGGUAUUGUGGUUGUUAGCAGCGGAGUUUGAACCGCGGUUUGAUCUGAAAUACUUUGAGGAUUAUUUCCUCUGUCCAACCGUUCAAUUCAUGCUUUAUUCUUCAUGGGAAGGUCUUGAGAAGUGUUCAGGGAUUCUCACAUCUCAUUUUCAUUACUCUUUUUUGCUGCACAGAAAACGGAGGAGGGUGAAGAGUGCGAAGCUAAACCUGCUGAUGAAUGUGAAAUACCGGACCUCCCGAAUGAAAACCCGAUUCUCUCUUCUCUGUCGCAAGAUGCCGCCGAGGAAGAAGAAGGCGAGGAAAUGGAGCUUAUGCGAACAGCCUCAACUUCUCAGGGGGACACUGAGGAGAAACCCGAGGUUGAUUUAUCGUGUGACAGCAGUCUUAUGCGUGUGUUGGAUCGUUUGAUUCUGUAUUUAAGGGUGGUGCAUUCAGUGGAUUACUACAAUGGCACAGACUACCCUUACGAAGAUGAAAUGCCCAAUAGAUGUGGUAUCAUUCAUGUGCGUGGUGCCACGCCUGACAAGUGUACUCUGUCUGAAGGUACAAACAUACAAACUGUUUUCACCUAUUUUCUUUUCGUUUUACAUGUAAAUUCCCUUUUGAAAGUAAAACUGAGGGUGACUGGGAUAUCAAUAGAGUUGGUUUUGUCAACUGAGUUGAUAAUGUGAAUUAACCACCGCUAAGAGUUUAUAAACCGGACGUUUCAAAGGUUAGUUAUUAAUUCCUCUAUUCGCUCUGACGAGGGGCAUACGCUCGAAACAUCAGCUUUAAAAACUCUUUACGGAGGCCAAUGUAGGUUAUAAACUCAGUUGAUAAAAGCAGAUUAUCUUGUUAUACCCAUCCCCGCCCCAACCAACGCAGCAGCACAGUUUCUUUAGAAACUUACCCCUUCGUUGACCAGAAUACCGUGACAUUAAGAUUUGACGCAUUCCUUCGGUAAACUGUCUCUUGGUAAAGAUUCAUCUCUUUCUGAGUUAGUUUUUUUUACGAUAGUUUCUCUUUUCGUUGGGCUGGGGGUUUCAAUCUAGAUCUAACGUACUUCCUACUUUUCCAAAUAACUAGAAGUUAGGGUUAGAAAAAAUUUUGAAACCUAACUACUACUUAUGAUAGAGUUGGUGUGAGAGAUAAUACUUGAGAACUGUGAGAAUUGUGUAAGCCCAAAUCUUUCAGGGUAUAUUAUUGAUAAAUCACCGAUAACUUUUCUGUCCUUACCUUUACCUCGCUGAGUAAUCGGUGUUCUAAACAAAAUAGUUGAAGUACCGAAGUGAAAACUCUCACAAUCAAGGAGUCGACAACUAGUAAGAUACAAAAGGGAUUUUAAAAAUGUAUUGAUAGAGCUACUUUGUGUUUUGUGUCAGUCCAAGAAUGGCAAACUGGAAUAAAUCAGAAGCUUGAACCAUUUCUACAAGAGAAAGAAUCGCUCAAGGAUGAAGAGGUUGCUCAGCUUGGAAAGAAAGACCCUGAAGCAUAUCCUUGAAUUAUUUGAACAGCAUAUGUGAGUUGUUCAUUUUCCCUGAUGUACUUCUCUCGCUCGAACAAUGUGUGAUUCUUUGUCGAAUUAAAUUUGAAUUACGGGAAAAUUGAAUUCAUAAUACUCCUUUGCGUGAAAUUCGAGCGUACAUUGAAUCAUGAAUCCCAUACACUAGUAUGUGUGUUGUGCUGGGCAUCAACUCGGUACCUGAAAUUUACAUACUUUGAAAACGUUUUUUUUUUCCUCUUGUAAUGGUUAUUUUUGUUGUUGUUGUUGUUGUUUAUUAGUGUUGCAAAAUGAAAGGAAACGUUUGUUUUUCUUUUUUUAUCGAGAAGUAUUGAAAUAGCACAGAAACUGAUAGUCGUUAUUUAAAACGAAUGAUCAGCAGGCCAGGGCUGAUCAAUUCGCCUAUUCCCAGUUCCAAGGAUAUACCAUGGAACUAGGCUAAAUUCACUGGAACGCCUGUUCGAUCUCAAAGUUACUUUAUUUGUUUGGUGCCGCUUGGUCAUCCAAAGCCAAGCAAGUUUGAAAGUACCAAUAUACAAUAUGUUACUAUUUCUUAACAAUGACUACUGAAAUAGAGAAGUUUGUUGAAGCAAACACUCAGGAACUUGCGAAAGAUAAGUGGCUCUGCCCACUGAGUGGGAAAAAAUUCCGAGGUCCUGACUUUGUUCGAAAGCACAUCUUUAACAAACACAUGGAUAAAGUAGAAGCUGUCAAGAUGGAGGUGAGGCAGACACGUCCUAGGUUCCUUUUUAAUGAACACUAUGUUGUCUAAAUUUUGUGUUUUCCCCCUUGUUUAGGUUUCACUCCUUUAACAAAGAACUUUGAAGCGUUACAGAUUUUAACACUUUAAUGGUUUCGUUGGUGUUGUUUUCGUCUUUCGCGCUCGCCUUAUGGAAUCGAUGAGAAGUUCUUAUGAGGGUGUGGGAUGUAUUUGAAAACUAGAAGUCAAAACAUUAGAAAUUAGCGGAAUAAUAAAUCCCUUAUUCGAUGAGCGGACAUUUUGCUCGUUGCCCGCAUUUUUUCACGCCACUACGGGUUCGGGAAAAUACAACGCAACUCGAUAAAUAUCCGCUCAUGUGAUAGGUUAACUAUCGAAUAUGGUAUAGGUAUCCAUUUGUUGACGUCCAGUGAAGGUGAAGCAUGUUUUUUUUGUUUUUCUUCUUUUUGGUAGGCCGAGUUUUUUAACAAUUACUUAUCAGAUCCCAGACGGCCACAAAUACCGGAAUUUCCCACACCUCAACGUCCACCUGGAAACCACGUGGGCCAAAUGUAUGGACAUCAGCCCGCGCAAACCAUGAUGGGAUGGGGUCCCAGGCCUCAAAUGGUGAUGUAUGGUAAGUCACAAACAUGAGGAGUUAAAAUUCCCACGGGUAUUCCCCAAAAGCUGCCAAAUAGCCCUUAUGCAUGAUGACUCCAUUACUGAAAUCCACCCAAACCUCGUUUAUACUAAAAUAUUUUCUAGUCUUUGCAAUAUUCUUGUUGUUUUCUUGAGGAUAUUCUAUUGAUUUCAGUGUUUGGGUAAUACUUUCCGAUUGAAAUUCACAGGUACCAUUCCAUUGUAACUUUGCUAUUUUUUGUUACAGUUGGAACGGUAAUUGUUGCUUGUUAUUUUGAGAGGAAAUAAAUUUCCUGAAAUCAGAGAAUAAAGAAAAGCUGUUCUCACGAUGAGCAUUUUGUCCCUAUCAAAGGAAAUAAGAGAACUAUAUUUGGCCUUUCUGAGCUUGUGAGGUUGUUGCUGUGUUGUGCAGAAUGUACAUGAACUGGCUCAGAAGGCGAUUGAUUCAAAGAUCCUUUGACAUUAUUAGGUCUUAUUUUUAUUAUGUAAUUUGAAUCAGAAGAGAGAAUUAACUAGUACUCUCUAGGAAAGGAAUUAAAAAAACUUUGUAAAUAGGUACUUUAAAGGGAAAAACAGUGGAGUAUAGGUUAUACUAAUCAUAUUGUUUCUUUAUUGAGGGUGCCGCAAAAUAUUACAAGGUAAUCGACAUUUGGCCCUCGCGGAAAACAAAAACAUUAAAAAAAAUUCAAAACGAACAAAAUUGCCAUGUAAAUAAUAUAAUUGUUCCACAUAUCGAUGACUGCAAAGUCAUUCUCCAAUAGAUGCAAAAAUAACCUAGUUAGUUGUUUUCCUAAUUUCGUUGAUAAAUGAGCUCAAGGAAAAGCAGUCCUUUUUUUUUCAUCAGGUAGGCUGUUCCAAAGUCUAGCCGCACUAAAAGCAAACAAGUGCUGUCCAUAUGAGUGUUUUACACGAGGUAGAAUUAAGUCUCCGCAAUCAUUUCGUGCGUUCCUCGAGUGAAGAGUGCUGAAUCUUGGAAACUUUUCAGAGAGAUAGCAUGGCAGCAUACCAUUCAGCGCCUUAAAGACCAUUUUGGCUUUCAUUCUAGCUACUCUCCCCUAAAUAGGGGUGCUGUUAAGUUCGGCAAACAGCGCCUUUGAUGGAGAUUACUGUGGAUGGUGAGAAGCGACUGUGCUAAUUGAAUGUUUGACGUGUUGUAGGCCCUCGCGGACCUUAUACUCCCCCAGCAUACGGAGGCUACGGUCAUGAAAUGUAUGGCGGCAGAGGACAUACGUUUCCCCCCAAGCCACGCAGGUUAGAACGCCAUAUCUGUUGUUGAAAGGAGACAAAAACGGCAAAUCAGUGAUUGAAUGAACAACGCUAGUUCAAUGUGUUUUUCUUUCAUAUUUUGUAGAUUUGGGUUUGGCGGAGGAAGAAAUAGAGUAAGCGAAAGGUUAGUUCAGGAAAUUUUCACGUUGCGUAUCUUUUUUCUAAUUAAGCAGCCUGCUCUUUACUCAAAAAUUAACCUGUCCCCGAUUAAUGGUAGGUCAUAAGGCUUUCUACUUUGCACUUGGUUCUGGAAAUGAUCAGCAGAUUAUAGAGAGAUGCAGUUAGAGUGUGGAUUCCUCUACUUUCCUGAUCACAAAAUACCAAGAUAUGAUGCAAAACCUGAACACGCCUCGUUAGGUUUUUUCUGCUUCUCUUAAUUAAAUUUUAAUAGCUCUGUAAGAAAUAUCGUGUUUUAUUAUUUGUUGAGAAAUUUCGGUGAUAACUGUUUGGUUUACGUUUGUGGGUAUAUGAGUCACGCACUUUAUUCACGAUGGGCGAAAGCUGUUCUUUACGUCCUAUUUUCGUGCGGAGUGAAGCAGUAAACAUUACAUGGACUGUUUUCACUUUACACGAAAAACCAUUUUUUUUUCAUUUUAUAACAGGGGCGGUUUCCAUCGUGACCCCAGACAGAUUAUUCAGUAUAAAGACUUGGAUGCCCCAGACGAUGCAGAAGCCUUUUGAACUGCAUGAUAUGAUCAAUUAUUCUGUUUAACCUACAACAUAAGUACUGUGAAACCUGAAGCAAACCAAACAAGCAUUCAUCCCAGAAAUGCGGACACUUGCUCUUGUAUUUAUUUUUAUUUACUCAGUUUUUCCGUGUAAUAUUCUUUGUUUUCAUCUUUGAAAUGAUUCUUCAUUUGUCGAAAUCUAAAAAAAAAAAAGUGAGUAAAACUUGAUUGUCUGUUUAGAACUUGUUUAUUGGAAAAAUACUGUAGUUGUGUUUCAUUUGAAUUAAGGAUCAACUUGUGCGGACUUGGUUACGUAUCUUGUGCCUCCUUUCGCAUCUUCUCUGAAUCAUCCUGGUGGCAGAACACCUUUACAACCUUUCUUUUUUAUUCUGAAUCUUCCAAUUUAACGGCAAUCGCGAACAAAAGGCCAGUAGUUUCGUUUCAUCGUUGUUUAGAACAUCGGCCUCGCUAACUACGCUUACAGAGUUAAAAAUCCUAUGGUAGACGUGUCGAGGCUUGACGUAAAAGAAUAUUUAAGGGAAAUAUAUCUCAGAAAUGAUGGAAAUUUGUGUCAAGACGAAACAUUGAGAGAAGUGGGUCAGUUAGUCCCACUGUUUAAAUUAUUCGCGACUAAACUGGUUUAUUCCAAACCAUGAAAAGCUUUUUGUAAUUGGUCCCUCGUAUAAAUGUCACUAUUAGUAACAAUAAACCACGAAUAGCACAGAAUUUACUAAAAAAAAUUGUACUUUUAAUAACACUGCAACAUGUCACCAUAUCUGUGGUGGUACAGUCUGUUUUAAAGGGAGACUUGCACCACUGACAACUCUGUUGGAUAUCCCUAUCUUGAUAUUUAC